GUUUUGGGUAACAGGGUGAUUAGCGUCACCAGUAAUCGGAACUAUCCUUCAAAUUUUAGAACCUGUCAAGAAGGACAAUGGAGGAAAUAUGCCGAGUUUGUUUGAAGAGGUCGGAGGUCAUGGUAAACAUUUUCCAGGAAACGCAAGAGCUGGACAUUUCCAUUGCGGAUGUGAUUUCAGAAUCUUCCGGCUUUCCAGUUGAAAAGGAUGACUCUCUUCCGAAACUAAUUUGCCUGCCUUGCUGUGAGGAUGCUGCAAAUGCCUUUGAGAUUAAGAAGACCUACGAGAGGAGCCAUUACUUCUUCUGCCAGAUGGAGGAGGAUCGUUUGGCAAAGGCCUUUUACAGAACUAAGGAUCAGGAGGAGGACAACAAGACCGAAUCCUCUACAGAUGAUAGCGAUGAUGGUGAUAUGUUCUUCAAGGACAAGGACCUUCAUAAGGUGGACAAGAAGACUGAUAUAUUCUUCAAAGACAAGGACGUUCAUAAGGUGGACAAGAAGACUGAAUCCUCUACAUAUGACAGCGAUGAUGGUGAUAAGCAGCUUCCCUUUAAGUGCCCACAUUGCCCAAAGAGAUGCAAAUUGAGUGGCAACCUAAUGAAGCACAUAAGACUCCACUCCGAUGAAAGACCCUAUAAAUGUGAGCACUGCCAGAAGACUUUUAAAGAUAGCUGUGCCCUGCGGAAGCACAUUCGCAUCCAUACGGGCGAGCGCCCCUUCAAGUGCACCGAGUGCCCGAAGUCCUUCGCUUACUCCGGGGGCCUGAGGGAUCACAUGUUGGGUCACACCGGCGAACGUCCGCACAAGUGUCCCCACUGCGAGACGUCCUUCAGAUGGCAGAAGCUUCUUGUCAUUCACUUGCGCUGUCACACCGGAGAACGUCCUUUUAAGUGUUCCGAGUGCUCCAAGUCCUUCGCUGCCCGCUCCACUCUGGGAACUCACUUAAGAACCCACACUGGAGAGAAACCCUACGAGUGUCCCAAGUGCGAAAAGUCCUUUAGCAUCAAGCGCAGUCUGCGGGCGCACAUGGAAACACACUACUGUUAUAGUCAUCAUAUGGCCGAGGCCAUGGAGAAAAUUUGCCGGGCUUGCCUGGGGACUCCUGGAGAUGAACACCUGGUCAACAUAUUCGAUAGGAUGCCGAAACUGGAUAUCUCCAUAGCAGAAAUGAUCACAGAAUGCACUGGGUUCGAGGCCAAGCCAGGAGAUUCGUUUCCCGCGACCAUUUGCCGUACUUGUCUGCAGGAUGCGAAGAAUGCCUACAAGAUCGGGAAGACCUACGAGAGGAGCCACCAGUUCUUCUGCCAGGUUCGGGAUGAGGGCAUAGAGGAAGCCAUAUGCGCAUUGCUCGAGGAAGAGGACUGGGAGUUUUCGGACAAGGAAAGCGAUUGUGAUACCUCCGCUAAUACUUUAAAAUCGGAUGAUGGCAAAACCAAAGAGAAAACUGGUUCACAAAAGAGUUCAAGAAGGAAAAGACGUCGAAACAAAAGUCUUCAGGGGAACUGGGUCCAGGGCUACAAAUGUCCUCACUGCUCCCGGUCAUGUGUCAAUGAACAAGUUCUGACUAUCCACCUUCGAUGUCACACUGGUGAAAAGCCUUACAAGUGCCCACACUGCUCCAAUUCCUUCGCACAAAAACCCACUCUUGUUUCGCAUAUUCGCAUCCACACGGGCGAGCGUCCGUUCCAGUGCACGGAGUGCACCAUGUCCUUCGUAAAGGGUUCAGAUCUCCUGCGACACAAACGAGUCCACGAUGGAAUUCGCCCGCACGAGUGCCCGCAUUGCAAGAAGUUCUUUGCCAGAAAGUCGCAUCUUCGGGAUCAUAUACGCGUCCACACGGGCGAGCGUCCCUUCCAGUGCCCCCAGUGUCCCAUGACGUUUGCCUUAAAGCAACCACUUCGGCGUCAUAUCGCUUCCCACUCGGAGUCUGGAGCCUUUAAGUGUACCCAGUGCCCAAAGUCUUUUCCAAGAAAAAAGCAGCUUCGCAGGCAUAAAAAAAUUCACUUGAAUGUUCCACUGCAUCCAUGUUCCCAGUGCCCGGAACAAUUCGUACAACGUUUCGCCCUCGAACACCAUAUGCUUACACACUCUACGGACAAGGCCCAUAAGUGCUCCCAGUGCUCCCAGAGUUUUACCUUAAUGCGGUACCUAAGAAAGCACAUGCGAACUCAUGCUAAGGAAAAGAAACAUUUUAUUUGAUAUUGCUGAAAAAUAGUUAGGUAGCAACUUUUUAAAUAGAAACCCCAUCACUUAAGCAUUGAAUGUACUUAAACAAUGAAGUAAAACAUCUUUAUUAAAAUCAGUAUGAAACUACCUAUGAAAAAAAUAUAUUUAAUAUAUUUAAACUUUUC